AUGGCGAAGGGCCUGGACGAUUUGAUCGAGUUUCUGCUCGAGGAAAUUGCCGUCAGCGGAAGUCAAGGCGUAACCAUCAAUGAUAUUGCACUCUUCGUCUCUUCAUUCUACGACGAACCCGAAGAUGACUCAGAAGCAAAUGCGCCCGUUGAUGGACCCGAUCCAUGCCCAAGUGUCACAGUUGACCGCCCUCUCCUUUCCAAGAUUUGGUUAUGGCUAGGUCGGCAUCCUGAUGUCUCCAUCGGCGACAAUCGACGAUACAACAAGACACCGUUGGCCGAAGUCGAGAUUCAGUUUCCCCGCUACCUGGACCUUGGUCUCAACAACAGGCAGAAGCCAGCCGAGGAUGAGGCCGAGUCGGACGGUUCGCACCUCGCCAGCCCAACACCAAACAAGCGACCGAGUUCCAAGAAAGCCUAUGUUGCCAAAGGUCCACGAAUCUCUGUUAACGAGGCACGAAUCUAUCAGGCUAUAUGUGGCCAUCCUCCAGAUAGCAGCAAGGUUGUGCCUCUUGAGUUCGAACUCCUGUCUCAUAUCGCCGCAGCAAGAUCAACUGGCAUUCUCCAGGGGGACCUUGUCAGAGCCACCGGUCAGGAUAAACGCUCCGUACCAAAGCGGACGGAUGCUUUGCAAACCAAAGGCUACAUUACCAAGGCGACUGUAUUCCGCCAUGGUAAUCGGACAAGCCGCCUCACCCUAAGAAAGUUUGCCCGCCAUAAUGCAGUAGACGCCGAGCCAUUCCAUAAACUGCACAGCCUACCACAACAUGGUUCUACUUUGCGCGAUGUCGUCCGCAGAAUCUUUGAGGUGUUGGAAGACCACAGCCUCAUGUCUCAGACGAGUCUAGCGGAAAAUUUGAGCCUAAGGUCUUCAGCAGAGUCGGCCAUCCUUUCCAAAAUUAUCCGUCGGCUCGAGAAGAUGAAGUGUGUCAAAAGAGUUCGAACUGCCAUCGGACCUUCUGCGACGUCUGGCGACCUGCGACAAUUCGUUCAGCUUUUGCGCCGAGCCGACGCGGCCGACCUAGAGAACUUUGACACGGAGAGCUUGUCUUUAAACCAAACAAUUGAGGAACUAGCAUCUGCCGUUGACUCCGAAGACCGGAACGACCACAACGACCACAACGUCGCACUUCCUACGGUCGAGGAGGCAAAUGAAGAUUCCCUCGAAGCUGUGUACAGACCUGCCAGAUGGAACCCUGAUCGCCUAAUGCCUAAUGUUCUAGUUGAUGCUGUUCGAUUUGCAGGUCCGGAUGGUCUGACAAAUCUGAAUGCGCGCCAAAUGAUCACUGGCGAUUUUGUGCGUCGUCAGUUAGAGUCUCUUCUCCUCCGAGUUUCAUGCGAAUCACUUGUCAUUCAGCCACAACAUUUGCGACACCUGGCUAUUGUCCGAACUACUGUGAGGUAUGACGGGGUCGCUCAGUAUGUUCAUUACUCGUGGGACGCCUUUCGGCAAAGAGUGGCAGGAUGCGGUCUUGACCCCUCUGAAAUUCCAGCUGCUCCUCAAAUCAUGGAAAAGCUGGCAGAAAAGGAUGUUGGCUUUGAUGGUGACGGAACCUCUUCAGAUUCUGUCGAUAUUGAUGAGUUUGGGUUUCCGUUGCAAAGCCCGCCGGCCGUCCAACUAAGGAACGGCGAGGCCACCUUUUCUGAUUUGAUAGAAGCUGUUGCACCUGGAGAUGUUAAAAAGCGGAAUGGAGAACCGUCCAUUGUCAGACGAGGGACGAACUUGACUAUAAAACUACGUGACGACGGUCCAGCUUUGUCCAGCCCCAGGAACCAGGCGCCUCGUCGCUUACCUCCCGGUCAGCACACUAAGCCAACGCGACGACUGCCUAAACGCCUCCGAGAUUCCGACGACGAGGAGAAAAUUGCAAUUGGUCGUCCUCGCAAGUACAUGCGAGGUACAGAAAAGUUCUGGCGGAUGCAGUUUAAGCAAGCUAGACUGGAUGCCGGUGCAAAUCACGACGAUCUUAAAAAAGGGACCGCACAAGAUCCCUCGGCCAUUGCGCUAUACGCCCGCCGUCCGCAGGACUUCGAUAAUACCCUGGUGCAGGCUUUGCAGGCUGGAUUGCCGAUCCCUGGGCUUCCACAAGAUAUCAACGACGCCUGGAUUCGUUCGACAAGAGUCGUUCUUGGGCGAUCGUCAGAUGGGGUCUAUAUGUCUCCCAAAGGGUUACGCUCUGACAACAACCAGAGAUUAGCCCAGAGAAUGAUCGUGAGAACUCCACGCUUAAAAUCAGUCGACUUCAGUGACAGGAACAUUGUCUACCCGUUUCGCUUCAUCUCCUCCAGUGUAUCACACAGCUCCAUGUUCAGAAGAUAUUACCCCAACCUUCCUUCCAAAGAGCCUUCUGUACCACAUACGCCCAGAAGAUUGAAGCGCCCGAGACAGGUCGCACUCAGUGAGGCCGAAGGAAAGAGGAAACUAGGGCCGCGGCUGGGCGUCUUCUAUGAAAAACCAGCUCUUUCGACAACAUUACCUCCCCUACUUCCAAGUUCAACCGAUAUUGAACUUUCAGCGGACAUAUUAAUGGCCACUACUGAUGAAGAAGAAGGACUUCCUCGCAAGCAUGUUCUGGAGACUAGAGCGUCGUCUCCUGCCUCGAUAAAUGAGACUCUCUCCUCCAAAGAAGCAGGACUUGACAAUGGUCGAAGCAGGAGAGGCUCACAACGGACUACUCAGAGACAAAGCAGCGGCCCAGAAAUACCACCGUCACCGAGGUCGAAGCUUGACAUCACCGAAAGCCCUCGAAUCAGAUCUUCCAGAAAUCGGAAGCUGACACAGAAAGCGAUGGACUUGUUGCAAUCAGAUCAAAGCCAUAAUUUUCGUCUCUCUGAAACUCAAAAUGUGUCUUCCGAAGUCAUCCCUGCAGAUUUUGAACUUCGCAAUCAGGAUGAGUCCCUUAGUCGAAGAUCUGAAGUAUCAGCUGUGGAUGCAUCAUCAGCUUCGUCUAUUGAACACAAGCCUACGGAGGAGCAGCAAUCCGGAGUCAUCUCAUAUUCAGAUAUGGCCCUAACUCGAAUCUCUCAUUGCAUACAGCCCUCUCCUGCCAGCAAUAAACAGAUGGAUCCCGAUGGUAACUAUAGGGUCGAAGCGACAGAAGCCGCGACAGUCCGACCAGAGGAAGCACAGCACGUCGGGACUCUGUUGUCACGUCAACUAUCGGAGGAGAUCGUCGAAGUUGCUGUAUCUGGAAAUCCUUCUGUGAGCGGUGAACCGCAAGAGAACAAUCUGGCAGCAGAGAUGAAGGACCGUGUCUCGCAGGAAAGUCCCGUCCCACCAAAGCCCCGUAUCAAAAAACGUGCUUCUGAAGCAGGCAGAACAAGAGCUGCGUCUAUUGAAGCCGGGAACUCGGGAGAGGAAUCGCGACCAAAGGACCGACACGGCCAAGAAAGGCAACGCUAUGUUCAGCAACGCUAUGUUCAAGGCGCCAAUGUUCUCUGUCAGAGAAUUAUUCUUGAGUUGGUUCAGGAAACGUCAGGGGUUGUGCCAAACGAUCCAUCGGCACUGAGACGAAUCUCGUUGCCUCGCUGGCAAGAGGCUGGAGAAGAAGGUCGACCCGGGCUCAAGACCAUCAAAGCAGCAAUCAAGUCUUUAAACGACUCGCAAAGACUAAAGCAGGUCAUGUUCGCAUUCCGAGGAAAGUCUGGAACCAUGGUUAAGCGUUCGGUCAUCUUUCUGCCACACAUCGACAGUUCAUCGCAGUCAGUCGAGGACGUGAAGCAGAAGAUUAUCAACGCGGAACCCACUGACUAUAUUCCUCCCGAAUGGAAAGAUGAAGGCUACCGUAUUCCCCUCGUCAAUAAAAGGGCUCCAACCAGGACGCCUGAGGUUGCAGAACGGCCACCGAGGAGCCGACAUGCAUCGUCGGCGGGAAUAGAUGGAACUAUCGCCUCCAGUAUUAGCAGGCGUGCUCGAAGCCGCACAAGAACAACCACACCCUCUCUCCCACCGGUUCCAGAGGACCCUGCAACCAGUUUCCUCACAUUGAAAGUUCCGUCGCUGGGCUCGCUUCCAGUUGUGCAUCUCCAUGAGUGGAGGAAGGAAUGUCCCGUGAGUGCAUUGCGCUCCGAUACUUCCGAUGCGAAUCCUUGGAAAUCUAGCGCCUUUCUACUAUCUCGGCACCGGCGAAGGUUUGAAGAGCCACGCACUCAGCCAGCCGGUAGAUCAAUCAUAUGGCGAAAUUUCCCCUCCUCCUUGCAGGAUAUCCUGCAAUGUCCCAAUCUCAAGUUGGACUAUGAUGCAUUUCAAGCUGACGAUGUCGACUGGCAACGCUUUGCCUGUGAGGUCGAAGGGGUUCGUGCCUGGGAAGAACAGGAACCGGACACCGCUCAGUCAAAGCGCUCUAAGUUCGCCUUCAUCAAUCAUCUGGUCCCAAAUGCAUUGUAUGCGCGGACAGCUCUUCCCUUAGCAGUCGAGUUUAAGGGACUUGUGCAAUUCGAUGAGGAUGGAAUCGAGCUCGAGAUUGCUUAUCCGCCUGUUGAAUCAUGGCCAACAUUUGUGCUCGCCCUAAAUGCAUCGCCCGGUAUCACCUCCCGAAUUGCAGCAGUCAACGAGGCAGACUUGCACUUGAUGCCACCACUUUCCCCUGGACGAGGCCCUCGACGAUCAAAUAGAGGGACUAAGCGCAGAAUCUCUGAAAAUGGCCAUGGCUUCUUCCCGCCACCUCCAUCUAAACGGCGCAGGAAAGGCGUAGGAGGCUCAGCGGCUACUCCUUCGAGACGUAGGGCAGUUUCGGCUUUCAAUGCCACAAUCCAAAAGGUCCGCCGAAGUGCGAGGUGGCUGCAUACGAUGCCAGAAGAGAUGAUUUCCCGAAUUGCCGUUGCUGUCAUUGUCGUUCGGACAUUAGCAGGCGGUAUCGAAAGCCUCGUCAACUGGGAAGUUGUCAUGACGCUCUUCCCCAAUCAAAAGGAAGAGAUUAUCAAAGCUCGCUGGAAUACGCUAUCAAACAGAUACAGUUCGGAUAUACAGAGUCUUACGGCGGACCUGCAGUCGAAGUACUUGAAAGCACUACAAGCGGGCGAGGUAUCGUCCGUCGCCUUCGAGGGCGUCAACGCCACGGACUGGGGAGCGAUUGUUGAGUGGGCAUUGAAGAACCUCGACCAUUUUAAUUUGAAGCGGAUUGCAGACCUUCCAGCUAAUCGGGAUGAGCUGCUCGACACCUAUGCCUUGGAAUUCACUCAACCCAAAUGUUUCCACAAUGUCGUAUGGAAUAACACCACGAUGAAUGUCAAAGAGGAUGUCGCAAAGUGCUCAGUUUUCGGCACAUAUCCCCAUUCCUCAGUGCAGCCCGGUAACCUUCGGUAUCAACAUGGCUUCGAACUUGAGAUGGCCAAAGCAGACCUUCGGCUUGCUAAAUCAUGGGUGCUCGCGACCAUUUUCACUCCAGAAUCCGUUUUCAAUCCAGAAUUGGCCCACGCCAAACUGUCCACCCUUGCCUUAAGUCCAAUGGAAUGCGACGUGCUCCUUUCCCGUGCACUAAAAUUGCUGCAGGAGGAGAAAAUCAUUCAGCGGAGACUCAAUGAUCGUCCAUCGGAGCAAGGACCGAGCAUUCGCAGUUGGGAAGCUCACCGAAAGUUCUUUGAACGAUUUGAGGAGCGCAGCACGGUCACUCCAAAUGUACUGCGUCGUGCCGUCAGAUAUAAAUCGGAAGUCCUUGACCGCGAGUUCGCUAGGGGAAAUACUGUCGUGGUUGACAAAGAGGGCCCUGUUUCUGAUGGAGAGAUGGUGGCAGUGCUGAACCUGAUGGCAUCAGGACGAGUCAAGCUCCGCCCAGGUGCGGACGUGCCAAAGACUCGCUAUGGCAUAGAUCACGAACGUAUAGGGUAUCGGACCAAGAACAUGGACAAGAAACUGUUAGGUUUCAGCAUCGAGCUCACGCCGACGAAGGAAUAUCUUUUUGGAGAUUCCAUCUCUGGCGAGUCACAAGCACGCCGGAUCGCUGUCCCGCGCGGGGAUGCAGAUGAACCCAGUGGUAAAAUCCCAGUGUGGGUUGACAUUCAUGGAAAUGUGCAAAUGACACUUUGGCACAUGCUUCUUGUUGGCGUGAUCGGGCUCGUCUCACAAAUGCCGGGUGUGUCGGCCCUGGACAUUUCAAGGGCUUUUGGAUUUGUGCCUGAUGAAGCUGAGGUGGAACUCAUCAUGCAGUGGUGCAUACAGUCCGGUUUUGCAAAGAUGGAUGAUGGAUCAAAGGGAUAUCAGACAUUGGAAUGGUGGUGGCUGUGCGUUGACAAAGCUGGGACAUCAUAA